GCACUUGGCCGCCGCUAGUCGAGUGGCGCCUCCUCGUCGCGCUCAUCGUCGGGCUGAAGGCGCAGGUCCUCUUCAUGGCGCCCUUCACCGCCAUCUUUUCGCAGAUGAUUGGCGGCCAGCGCGUGAGCAACGCGCUCGCGACGAUGCUCUGCCUCGCCCCUCUCGUCGGUGCCGCCACAGGCACCGCCAUCGCGCCCCUCUGCUUGCGCCACGCCGACUCGGCCAUCAUGCCCGUCGCCGCGCUGCCGGCGGCCGUGGCGUGCGGCGUGCUGCUCGUCGUGUGGGCGCGCGCGGGCGGCCACGGCGGCCGCACCGCCAACCCGCUCGCCAGGCAAGACUCUGGCAAAAGUGCCAGGGGGGCUUUGGCGGUGAGGCUCGGCAGCCUGAGCCGGGCCAGCGCAGCCACAUCCACCACGGCCGCCAGGCUGCUCGAGCCGCUCGUCGCCGCCGCUGAACGCCAACGACCACUGCCGCCGGCCUCUUGA